GUUCAAAAUUUCGGUAUUCACAAGGGCUCUCCUAAGCUCCACCUUUCAACGAUCAUCUCCUCUCCACUACGUUCCGAAAAAGAAAUUCAGAUCUGGAUUCGCUAUUAUAGGUAUCAUUCUUUUUCUCUGUAAUUGAAUACUCUAUCUGAGACCACGAUUCGUCCUUAUAGGUGUCAUUCUUUUUCUCUGUAACUGAAUACUCUCUAUCUGAGACAACGUUUGCCUUUAGAAUUUCAUUUCAUGAUAAUGCUAAUUUUUUUGAACUAUACUUUUUCAAUCGAAACUCUGAACGCGAUUGUUUGAACGUUGCGGAUCUGCUUUGUUUCGUGUGAGGUUGCAGAUCGCAUCCUGCACGAUGUUACAAUGGAUGGGAGGAUCCAGGCGGAAAGUUGCUACUGUGAGUUGGAGCUUUGUUGAAACGAGCUAAUUGCAUAUUGCAAUAUAUUUUCAAUCGAAUCUAGAUAUUAUGUGUACUUAGGAAGAAACAAAAUCUGUGUAUCCUUUGAAGGAUUACAGUAUCCUAUAGGACCACUGAAUUUUAGCAUUUGUAGAUGUUUUUGGAAAUCACAAGGUUUUCUGAAUAGAAAAUGAAAGUAAAAAAUUCUAGUCAUCGCCUCUGGCGCAAACAAAAUUUGAUUUUCAUGUUAUGCUAGCUGACGUAGUUGGCGUGGUAGUUGGCGUGACGAGCCAUCCAAAACUGCAAAUUGUUUACAAAAAUAUAAUUGAAUGAUGUUAAUUUUGCUUCUGAUGUCCAAACAUUCUAUCUAAUUGAUGCAUGAUAAUCACUGGCGCCGGGAUGGGAGAUUUUCAGUCAAGGAAGUCUACACAAAAGAGGCAAAAGCAAUACUUUGAACAAAGAAAGCGUAAGCAACAAAAUUUGCAUAUGAUGGGAUCAGAUAACUGUUAUGAUAGUCCAGGAAUAAGUGGACAAAGCCUCAAGGAACAUCGGUCUCUGGACAUUCUUAAUUUGCUUAACUUGUCAACAAAAGCUCAGCAGUGCAAUCCAUUUUUUCCAGAGGUCAAAUUAUCAACUUCCCCCCACGCUAACUGUACAACAACGAAAGAGAGGGACGAUGGAGACAUCAAUAUUUCUACCCUGCCAGUCAAUGUCUCAACAGAUCAGCCAACAAUGUUUACCAAUAUGGAUACUACAGUAAAUUCUUUCAGAUUCGAAGAGGCAAGAGUUCUUCCGAUCACCACAAUACUGCCUUCAAUGGACCCCUGAAUCAAUGGAAGACAGUAUCCGAUCAAUACUCGGAAUUUUCUGUUAUUGAUUUGGUGUGUGAUGAUGAACCUAAUGCCACUGCAGAAAAGUGUCCGACCUGCGAAGAUCAUGUUUCUUUUUCACUUGAAGGCCUGGGUAAAGUUGGGACAGAGACGCCAGUUCAUUCGCCAGAGCAACGUGCUAGAAUCCCAUAUAGUUAUUCUCCAUUGCAGAAGGAUGGAAGUAAAUCAAAAUUGAAGAAACUUAACCAUGUGCUGGAUGACAUUGAACUUGAAGUGGAUACAAUGGUGCAAGAUAUCAAGGUCUCGCCUAUUAGUUCUUCGGACUUCCCAUUUAACAAAUUAAGGCGAAGCUCAGCAAUUGUUGGAAACGGCAAUCAUUUUUAUGACAUUGAUAACAGAAAUGGCUCUGCCGAUAGGGAAGAAUUCUUCUACAAGACUGAAAAUAGUGAUGGAGACUUGUGGAAUGUUUUCCUUGAUGAGACCUUUGACAACGAGAUGGGAUAUGAUACCUCGUGUAAGAAGACUUUUCAAAUGGGUUCUAAAUCUCCUGAAUUAUUGAAAAGUGGAACCUAUAAAAUGGAGAACUAUGCUUUUGAAGGCCUACUGCCGAAGAAAUGGUCUUCUUCAGCUGUAACGAAGAAACAGACGGAUAUGGGCGAACCACGGUCUUCAUUUUCUAAAGACGAAUUAGAGGAAGAUUUUGACUUUUAUGUUGCUAGCAGGUCAAGAUUAGAUGGGAACUUCAAUGCUCAAAAUUUCAUUCCAGAAGAUGUAAGGGAUAAUUCGAGCUUGCUGAGCGAAGAGUCAAGCUCAUGCGCUGCCGUGAGGGGUGAGUCCACCGCGCAUUCACCAGCAAUAAUAUUGACAGGAGAGAACAGAAGAAAGCAUAGAAAUGCUUUUGCAAGCCCUAGAAAACAUAGAAAUGCUUUUUCUAGCUCUAGAAAUAGGUCCAGUACCAAGGACGAAAAGUACAGAAGUAUGCCAAACUCAUCAAAGCGAGUACCAUCUCAAUUUUCAAACUCUAUUCUCCAGGAAGAGUUGGGGUCACGUAACAGUUGGCACUUUGAGGAAAGAAAUCCUUCACUUGAUAAAAGUUCUGUUGCCGCCUCAUUCUGUCUAGAUUUAGAGACAGAUUUUGCAGUCUUCGGAUCCAAGAAUAGAAUUGAAGAUCCUUUUAGCGUCUUUAAUACCCUCGAAUUAAGUGACAAGGCCAGUCCUUCCUUCAGUGGAUUUAAUAAAACUGCACCUCGUCCAGAUUCACCUCCUUGCAGUUUUACCUCUCAAAAGUUGGCAUUUGACUGUUCAGCCGCAUUCCCUACCGUUGAUUCCUGGCCAACAAGCCCAAGUUUAUCUCCAGAUUUUCAUUUCAAAGGAAAAUCUGAGGAUGCUGGAGGUUUUCAUUGUGCGACUUCAUCUACUGAUAUGUCAGGUCAGGGAAGUGUUAGCAAAAGCGAGAAACAAGUGAAACUGCAAAAAGACAGACGCAAAAAUUUUGAUCAAGAAAAUGUUUUCAUGGGAGAUAAUGAAUUGCUCUCUGAAAAGAAACUAGCAGAAGAUGCCCCAUCUUUCAAGAAUCAUGAGCAAGAAUGUGAAGGAACAGAGGACACAAAUCCAAAAGCAUCAGCAACUGAGUGUCUUGUAACAGCUGACUCUUCGGGUCAUGUGGAGGAGAUAUCAUCAUUACUGAAGAAACCUGACAAAGAAGAAAGCCAAGUAGAUAAAAGAAAGAGCAAUUGCGAAGCUGAAACUCCUCUUAGAUGUAAAACUUCAAACGAAGAUAUUCAACUAUGGUUGCCCGAAGAAACAAAGAAGAGUGAAAAACAUAAUAAUGAUAAAAUUAGCAUGUCAGGGCAGGUGAUGUUUGAAAGCUUCAUCUUUCAGCUUCUGCAUGUUCAGAAGGUAUUGAAGUAGGCACCUCCCUGAAGCAGUAACGCUUUCGUUGAACAUAGCAGUACCAAUAAAAUUUCUCUGUAGAUGCCUCGUGAACAAAGGAACGUUGAAUCAUCUUUUUUUUCUCUCAGCGACCAUUCCUAAUACGGAUAAUUUUCUCGGCCUAGUUACUGAAAUCGUUCUUUUCUUCGCAUAUUAACGUGAAGGUUUAAAUUUUUUUUCGUCUUCAUUUUUCUCAUUUUUAUAGUGUUUG